AUGGAUAAAUCUUGGAUGCAUGCUGAUAGAAGAUCACGGGCAUUUGAGUUAGGGGUUGAAGAAUUAAUUCAGUUUGCAUUAGAGAGUGGUUGCAAUGUUAAUAAACUUUGCUGUCCUUGUAUGAAUUGUGCACAUAGUAAAAGUUUCAAGGCUGGGGUAGUGAAGGAUCAUCUAGUUGAGUUUGGUAUUGAUAAAACAUACACAAAUUGGAUAUGGCAUGGGGAAAAUGUGUCAAAUGAGAGUGUACCCGAAGAGCAUUCUGAAACUGUAGAACAGAAUCCCAUAGGCAUAGGGCAGAAUGACUACAGUAUGGGGGGGUCCGAUGAUGAGGAGUUUUCAGAAGACUCCGAUGAAUUUUUAAGGUUUGUCGAGGAUGGUGAUAAACCUCUUUACCUUGGUUGUACGCGUUUUACAAAGUUGAAUGGACUUGUUAAAACAUACAAUCUGAAAGCAAAGCAUGGGUUAAGUGAUGCUUGUUAUUCUGACAUGUUGAUACUCAUUGGAAUGUUGCUUCCAGAAGGUAAUGAAGUCCCAGGGUCUUUCUAUGAGGCCAAAAAGACUUUAUGUUCAUUGGGAAUGGAAUAUGAAAAGAUACAUGCCUGUCCUAAUGAUUGUAUCUUAUAUAGGGAUAGUAAUGUUGAUGCCACUACCUGCCCUACUUGUGGUCUCUCUCGGUGGAAGUUGGGUAAGAAUGAAAUAGAGAAAGUAGGGGUUCCGGGGAAGGUUUUGUGGUAUUUUCCACCUAUACCAAGGUUUAGGAAGAUGUUUCAAUCAGUAAGUACAGCUAAAAGCUUGACAUGGCAUGCUGAUGAGCGACUAAAUGAUGGUAAAAUGAGGCAUCCUGCUGAUUCCCCUACUUGGAAGUUAGUGGACGAUCAGUGGCCUGCUUUUGGUAUAGAGCCUAGGAAUUUAAGGCUAGCGCUAUCGUCUGACGGUUUCAAUCCCUACAGUUCUCUUUCUAGUAGAUACUCUUGCUGGCCUGUCAUACUAGUGAGCUAUAAUCUUCCCCCAUGGCUCUGCAUGAAGAGGAAGUAUAUGAUGCUAACUUUGUUAAUCUCUGGACCUAAACAACCUGGAAAUGAUAUUGAUGUCUACCUCCAGCCGUUAAUAGAUGAUUUGAAGACUUUGUGGGAUGGGGUUCAAGGGGUAUAUGAUAGUUAUAGAAGAGAUUACUUCACAUUGAAAGCAGUACUGUUCUGGACCAUUAACGACUUCCCAGCAUAUGGGAACUUGUCAGGCAGCAUUGUGAAAGGUUAUAAUGCGUGUCCGGUUUGUGUAGAGCAUACCAAACCUCAUAGGCUGCCUCACGGUCAAAAGAUGUCAUAUCAGCGACAUCGAAGAUUCUUACCACGUCACCAUCCAUAUUGA